CCUCCUUCGACACAUAUGACACCAAAGACACAGAUGAUUUGGCCGACCCGUCUGCAUUAUUUUUCCCUGAAGAUACCGAUGACUUGGGCUCGACCACUGCCCCRUCCUCGGCCCCAUCUUCAUUCUUCGAYACAGAUGACACCAAAKACACAGAUGACUUGGCCGAUCCGUCUGCAUUGUUUUUCCCUGAAGAUACCGAUGACUUGGUCUCGACCACUGCUCCAUCCUCGGCCCCAUCUUCAUUUUUUGACACAGAUGACACGGAAGAAACAGAUGACACAGAUGMAAUGGAUGACUUGUUCUGGACGACUGCCCCRUCCUCGGMCCCAUCUUCAUUCUUCGACACAGAUGACACCGAAGACACAGAUGACUUGGCCGAAUUCGAUAUCCCGCUGCGUAUCUAAGAUGGUUUCGCAUCGAUGGGGAUGCACCAGGGAUACAAAGGCGCCAAUGGCGUAGCUAUCAAUGUUCUAUGAACAGAGUAAGCCGUGAGGKGAAAGAUUGGCGUUCGUCCCGAAACACAUUAUUUGACUGAUUGGGAAGCAAUCAGUGGCAAAUGUAGACGUUACAACAGCUGGUGCUUGAUAUUGCAAUGAUGUUUAGGACUUGAAUCCAGAACUGUUUGUUUGAUCAGUGCAACGCAAAGYAAUCCAGGAAAAUAGUAUUCAAAAGUAAAAUCAAUUUCAAUCU